UAAAGUUUUGACAUUGAUUGAGUUUGAGCUAACUUUAUUUUAUUUUUUAUUUUAUUGCGGUGCGCGGUGUAAAGUUGAAUACCUCGAUAACGCUAAGAAAGAUAAUUAUUGUAUUUAAUCGUAUUUAUUUACAAGUGCACUUUGUUAAACUGUGAAACAUUUGUUUUGUAAUACUUUUUUAUCGAAUAUUUUAAUUUUAAGUGUUCGUCGUCUUAGUCUAUUCCGAAUAUUUUACAUUUACAAAAAUGGAGAAUAAAGCCGAUUUCCAGUACCCACAUACCUUUGUGCUUCUCGGAGCUUCGGGAGAUCUCGCGAAGAAAAAGAUUUAUCCUACAAUAUGGUAUUUGUAUCGGGAUAACGUUCUACCGCAGAAUACAAAAUUUAUUGGAUAUGCUAGAACCAAGCAAACUUUGGAGGAAGUUAAAGAAAAGUCGAAAAAGUAUAUGAAAGUUCGACCGGGUGAAGAAAGUAAAUUUGAUCAAUUUUGGGAGGCAAACGAUUAUCUUGCUGGUUCUUAUGACCGAAGAAUCGACUAUGAAUUGUUAAACCAACAUAUCAGUAAGUACGAGAAAGGGCCUCGCGCAAACAGAAUCUUUUAUUUGGCUGUACCUCCUACAGUAUUUGAAGAUGUCACUGUGAAUAUUAAAAAUGCAUGUAUAGCUAUUAAAGGAUAUACGCGCGUUAUUAUCGAAAAGCCAUUUGGUAGAGACGAUGUAACUUCUGAAAAGUUGAGUAACCAUUUGGCUAGUUUAUUUAAAGAAGAACAGAUAUAUAGAAUUGACCAUUACCUGGGUAAAGAAAUGGUACAAAAUCUUCUAACAAUACGGUUUGCAAAUCAAAUCUUCAGUCCAUCCUGGAAUAGAGAAAAUAUUGCGUCCAUUUUAAUAUCUUUCAAAGAGCCAUUUGGUACAGAAGGCAGAGGUGGGUACUUUGAUAGUUUUGGAAUAAUACGUGAUGUGAUGCAAAAUCACCUCUUACAAAUUCUUUCUCUUGUGGCAAUGGAAAAACCAGUAACUCUGAAUCCAGAUGAUAUUAGAGAUGAAAAGGUCAAAGUGCUCCGGCACAUCAAACCUAUUGAGCUCAAGGAUUUAUUAGUGGGGCAGUAUGUCGGCAAUCCAAAUGGACAAGGAGAAGAAAAAUUAGGUUACCUGGAUGACCCAACAGUGCCCAAAGGCUCUGUGACUCCCACAUAUGCUGUUGCUGGUAUUUACAUCAAUAACUCAAGAUGGCAAGGAGUUCCGUUCAUAUUACGUUGUGGAAAAGCUCUGAAUGAAAGAAAGGCUGAAGUGAGGGUUCAGUAUAAAGAUGUGCCCGGUGAUAUUUUUGAGGGUCACCCUAAAAGAAAUGAAUUGGUUAUACGUGUUCAACCUGGGGAAGCAUUGUAUUUGAAAAUGAUGAGCAAAUCGCCGGGUAUGAAAUUUGACUUGAUGGAAACUGAGCUGGAUCUCACUUACAGCAUGAGGUAUAGAGAAGCUGAUGUGCCAGAUGCAUACGAGAGAUUAAUUCUCGAUGUAUUUACAGGAACACAGAUGCACUUUGUGAGAAAUGAUGAGUUGAAGGAAGCCUGGCGCAUAUUUACACCAGUCCUACAACAGUUGGAGGAGCAGCACAUCCAACCUGUUCCGUACACAUAUGGGUCCCGAGGCCCUCCUGAAGCUGACCAAAAAUUGGCUGAAUAUAACUUCAAGUAUUCAGGUUCCUACAAAUGGCAAAAACCUACAUUACAUUAAACAAUUCAUGACAAUUUUUUUGGUGAAGGUAUUUUUAGCUCAAUUUCUAUAAUUGCUUUAUAUUAAAUUUAAAGAUAUUGCCAUUGCAUAAUAUUAAUGCAAAAUAUAAGUUAGACAUUAUGUUGCCUUACAAGAGAGUACAGUAAUACAGUCUUAUCUUGAGGUCAUUUUGAGGUCACCUUAAACAAUGUUCAUAAGCCUUAUUAAAAGCAAUAAUCCGAGUCUUACUUUUAAUAAGACUAAAUUUUAUUGUCAGUGUUAAUAUUUUAGUACAAAAUUACAUGUAAUACAAAAAAUUAUAGUUGUAUUUAAAUAAUGUUACAUAGUCAUCACAACACUAUUAUUGUAGGAGUUUGUUCUUGUUGUCAUGUUACAGUGAUUAUGCAGAGGUCAAAGAUAUCACCUUGAAAUGCAGAUUUACUGAUUAUAACGCAAACUGCAUUUGUAUUUAUUUUAUUCAGCUAUACAUUAAAUGAAACAAAGGGAAUAUUAAAUUAUAAUAUUGCAUUUAUAAUUUAAAAGAAAGAGGUUUUAUCUAUUACCAUUGUGCAGUUAUAUGAAUGGUUAUUGAAUAUUUGAAUAUCAUAUAUGGCUGUAUGGGCUAACAAUCAAAUAAUCAAAUAGUGCUUAGUAAAGUAAUGUGACAUUUGUAGGUGGUCCAUAAUCUCUGUUUAAAAUCUUUAUUUUCAAUGCUCAUGUUUGAUAUUAAUUAAUCACAAUUCACAGAAAUGAAUUUUUUACCAAGCAUAUUUAGAAAAAUUGUGUGACAAAAAAUUUCCACUAUAAAAAUUAAAUAAAACUAUGUCAGUAGGUUGAAAUCGGAAAUUUUCAACUAAAAAAAUUCAUGUCAUGAUUAUACAAUAAUUUCUAUUGACAACUGCAAUAUUUUGUUUUCCAUUUAGUGGUAUUGUUGACUUUGAUUACUAAACAAAUAAUUUAAUUAGAUAAAUAGAUUAGGUCUGUUAUUGUUUCAAGUGGAUUGGAUGAUAAAUUGACUGUGAUAAAUUGAAUGCAUUUGAAAUGCUUGAAAGAUAAGUUUUAUCGCUCAUAGGUACCUAUUUAUUAUGUGUGACCAUCAGGAAUGAAAGAAAAAUCAUAAAUUUAAACGAAUAUGCUAUUUUGAAAAGGGCACAUGUCUGAAAAAAUAAAAACUAAUUAUUUUCCAAACCAGUGUAUAAUUUCUAAAAGUAACUAUUGUGUUGCAUUUUGGUGUUAACUAGCCUUCAUAAAUUACAAAAAAUAUAUUUUUUUAAUGAAUCUAAAUAAUUAUGUUAUUAGAUAUUUUAUAUUUGUGAGGUGUAUGUAUAGAAUAUCCGACUUAUGCCCUAUUUGAAAUUGCAUAUUCAAUAAUAUAUUGUGAAGUUCUGUUACUUUGCCUACCUCUCAAGUAUUUUAUUUACUGUCCAUCAUUACUUGCAUUUUUUUUUUUACAAAAGAAUAGGUACUUUUAAGAAAUGCCCACUUGUAAAUGAGCCAGUCACACGGUUAUAAAAUGAUUAUGCUCUUAUUUAUCUUAGAAGUAGAUAUUCAGUAGUCUCGUAAGAUAAACAAGUUGUUAAGGAAUUGAGUGUGGAAAAGUUAAUUGGACAAAUUAACAUAAAGUUCGAUAACUUGUAAACUUGUUAAUUAAACAAAAAAAAGCAAACAAUUUGAAUUUAAUUAUUGUAUAUCACUAGCCGACGCCGGUGACUUCAUCUGCCUAUAGUCUGAGCACUCCCAUUGUAAAUAGGCGUAUGGCUGGUUUUUACCUAUUUAUUAAUCAAUAUUUCGUUUUGGUGUUAUUUUAAAACUGAUAUCUUCUAAGAUAUUCAUUGAACCAAAUGAUGUCAAGGGCAAUUUCAUUAAAAAUUAAGUACAUUUUAUAAUAAAACCUUCAUAUUGCCUUCUUCAAUGAAUGGAUUAUUAAAUACAAAAUGAAUUUUUCAAUUUGAACCAGUAGUUUCUCAGAUAAACAAGUUCACUUCAGCACUUCAGCUUUAUAAUAUAUUGCAGAUGUUCCUGUUCCUGCAGGAAUACAGGGAUUAAAUAUUGCCUGUAGUACUCAGGUAUAGUGUAGCUUCCCAACAAUUAAUGAAUAUUUCAAAUCGGUUUAGUAGUUUCAGAGCUUAUUCAAUGCAAAUAAACGAGCAAAUCUUUCGUCUUUAUAAUAUUAGUAUAGAUUUUCAUACUUUUGAAUAGUCAGUUGGUCGCAGAGUUAUGAAAUUAUCAUGAAGUUAUUACUAAUUGUAUCUUGAUAAGCUAAUGCUUAUAUGUGUGUUGUCAUACCUAAUUAAGGAUAAAUAUUUUAUUUUAAAAAUAUGGGCAAUGUAGCAGGACUUCAAGCUUUAAUUGAAAUAUUAAGUGUUACUCUGAAGGGGGAAAUGAAUUUGUUAUUUGUAAACAAUAUUGUUAUUAUUAUAAGUACACAACACUUUGUAGGUAUAUACUAAGUGCUUGAGUACUUUAUUGUGGUCACAUACAUAUUUGCUCGUUAUCAAUCAUUUGCUACCUAUUUAUAAACAUUAAAAAUGUAUAAGUUUACUAGUUUUAUAUGGGAACAUAAUAAGUGUUUACACAAAUACUAUAUAUUUUUACUUGUUUUUAUAUAAAUAAUAUUUAGACUUCAUAGGUAUAUAAUUAAAUAAUAAUUUAUAUUAAAAUUUAAAUUGAUUUAUAUUUUAGAAUAUUUUGUUUUUGACAAUAUUUAUUCCAGACUCAAAUAUAAAAUUGAUCAAUUUUGUAAAAAAACGAAUACUUUAGAAUUUCGUUUUUAUUAUUCUUAUUUAAUUUGUAACUAUUUAUAAAACUUCAUGAUUUGAAAGACUUCUAUGUAUAUUAGUACUAUACCAACAAUAUGGGAUAACUCCUUUACACGGAUGGCCUCUAAAUAUAUUUUUAUUUAUUUUCUGAAUUGCUGGCUUCGUAGGUAUGUGUUUGUGUACUCAGAAAUCUCUUUUUGUAAUUUUAAUUUUAAAAAUUUUAAAUGGACCAAUAUAAGAUAUUAUUUUUGAUAACUUUACCCAGUUAGUAUAAUUAAGAGGUGUAUGAUAUUAUAUUUUUUUUCAUAAA